GCUUCGAACGCUGCUGGGGGUGGCCCUGAGCGGCCACCACAGCGGGAGCAAGCGCAACACCAGGAACAGCAAAACAAUAAUCGAGAAGCAUCAUCAUCAGCUGCUGGCGGGGGUGGUGGUGGUGGGCCCAGCAACAACCAGAAUGCCCCACCGGAAGCAGCGGGUGGGGGCGGUGGUGGGGGCCCACAAGAGUGGAAUGCUGGUAAUAACAACAGUGGCAACAACAACAACAACCAGCCGAAUCAGAACAACCAACAGAAUGCGAACGCGAACAAUAAUGAAGAGUGUGAUCGGUUCAGUUUCGAAGAUUCGGACCGGUUCGAAGAAGAUUCCUUGUGCAGCUGGAGUUCGGAACCGGAAAGUGUGUGUAAUAACUGGCGCGGGUGGAAGAAACCGACCGGGACGUCCAUCAUAUUUGGGUUCAACGGAAAUCGUCGAGCAACCGAUGGAGAUGUAACUACACUAACAGAACUUGCCGCGCGCUGCGUGGCCUCGUACAUACCCUUCGAACUAGUGGAACACGUCUACCCACCUGUUCCAGAGCAACUACAGUUGCGAAUAGCGUACUGGAGCUUUCCUGACAAUGAGGAAGACAUUCGGUUAUACUCGUGUUUGGCCAACAGUUCAGCCGAUGAGUUCCAUCGGGGCGAACAGCUGUUCAAAAACCGUGCGGUCAAAGAUCCGCUUCAGAUCGGGUUCCACCUUUCGGCCACCGUAGUAGUGACGCAGCCACGGAACCAGUACAAUGUGGCCGUGACAUUUGACCGGCGGAGGAUAUCGUCCUGCAGUUGCACUUGCUUGCCAGCAGCGUACUGGUGUUCACACGUAGUCGCCGUUUGCUUACAUAGGAUACACUGUCCUACAAAAGUGAGUCUUCGCGCACCCGUUUCGGAAUCACUCUCUAGACUGCAACGCGAUCAGUUGCAGAAGUUUGCUCAAUAUUUGAUAAGCGAACUUUCGCAGCAAAUUCUUCCCAUUGCACAACGUCUACUCGAUGAACUGCUCAGCUCUCAACCGACAACCAUUAAUACCGUUUGUGGAGCUCCCGAUCCGACCGCUGGCGCAUCGGUAAACGAUCAGACAAACUGGUAUUUGGACGACAAAACGUUACACGACAACAUCAAAAAGAUACUGAUCAAGUUCUGUCUACCUACGCCAAUGGUAUUCAGCGAUGUAAAUUAUCUGACAAACUCGGCCCCUCCGGCUGCCGCUGAAUGGAGUUCACUACUGCGUCCACUGAGGGGAAGGGAACCGGAAGGCAUGUGGAAUCUGCUUUCCAUUGUGAGAGAAAUGUAUAGGCGAUGUGAUCGAAACGCGGUUCGAUUGUUGGAAGUCAUCACGGAGGAAGUGAUGGCAUGCGAUCAAAUUUUGGUUUGGUGGUUCAACAUCAAACUGGCAUUGUUGGUGGGGUCAAAUGGUCACGGAGGAGGGAAGCAUAGUAAUACGCAUUCCAAUUCAAACGCAACACAGCACGCGUGCGCUUCUUUGUGUGACGAAAUUGUGGUUUUAUGGAGGUUGGCUUCACUGAAUCCUGGUCUAGCUCCCGACGAGCGAGAUAUGCUCCAUGCCCAAUUUACUACGUGGCACUUGAAAAUUCUUGACAGGGUCGCGAAGAACAUGGUAGCUUCAUCAUCACACAGCAGUAAACAGCAGCAAAAUUUAAGGAAUGAUGCAGAAUUGUUUGCGGGAUUCAAACCGGCAAUCGAGGCAUGCUAUCUGGAUUGGGAAGAUUACCCCAUCGAUGGCAUAACACACACGCAGGACACGAAUCCUAUGUAUCAUUGUCCGUUCACGUGUUUUAAGCAAAAUAGUGAGUCAAAGGCUGAAUCUAGUUUAGGACAGGUUAACUCAAGUCAGGCGGUAUUGCAGAAUAAUGUAAAACAAUUUCAACAGAUGCCACAUCACCAUCAUCAUUUUAGUCAUCAUCAUCACCAUCACCACGGGCACUCUACGCAUCAUAGUAGUGCGGUGCUUGCUUCAGCUUCUUCGAGUUCGGGUGCUGGGACCUCCGCUAGUGGUGGAAUUAUGGUCGGAAGUAGCACAUGUAACGCAGCAUCCGGUUCCGGUGCAAACUCCGGAAAAUCUCAUCACCGUCGGGAAUACCGCCAUCGGGAACGAUGUUACGGUUCGAGCAACAGUAGCAGCGACAGUGUGCCGGAUCGCUUGAAUGAAGCGGCCAGCAGUUCAAAGAUCGACCAGCAUCUAUCCACAGCGGCGACAGCCAUAAACAGUGGUGGAAAUCGGUCAAGCGUCAGCAGUGAAGGAUUUUGUGAAAACGAUGACGAUGUCAAUGUCAUGGAUGAAUUGUCUGCUCCCGGCCCAAGUAAAAAAAUCGAUAGCAUUAUCGAUUCAUCCAAUAGUUCUUCAUCGAGCGCAGAGGACAGUGUCGGUAAAAGUUCCACUAUGCCGUCAGAUAGUAGUGAUGCAAAUAGUAUUCUAAAUGAUAUGAAUAACUAUGAUAUUUCCGGUAACAUCAAGUUGUACGAAGUUUACAAUCAAGAUCCCCAACCCGGGACUUCAAGUUCAACAUGCUCGUCGUCACCUUCGACGGCUACGACCGCUACGAAAAUCGUUCCAACUGAACUCAAUCGAACAAGUGCCAACAAAACCCAAAGUGAGGUAGAAAAGCAGCAGAGUUCCGAUAAAGCUUUGACAUCUACUCCGCCCAAGGAUGCAUCACCCGAGUCGGACAGGAACGAACGCCGUCCAUCCAAGGACGAGAGUCUUUCUAGCUCCGAUAGCCAACCAAACAUCGACGAGUACAAUAUGUACUACUACGAUUCGAAACAAGCUCAAGCACAGCAUCAACAGGAACAGCAACAAAAGCAAAGGCAACCUCAAGAAGCGAAACAGCAACCACAACAGGUAUUUUCCAAUCUGAAGCCCACGGAAGAUGCCUGGGACAUACUAUUUGCCCGAGCGGAAGGACUUCACGCUCAUGGGCAUGGACGCGAAGCGUGCAUCCUCGGGGUUCGAUUAGCAGAAGAAAUGCUUGCAAAUCCUCCCAAUCUGAUGAUAGAACUUCCGCCUCCACCGAAAAAGAAAGGCAAAAAGCACAACAUUAACCCUAUUUCGCAUCAACUCAGCGUGUUAGCUUCGGCUACACUGGCGAAAUGUGCUUUCUUGUGCACAGUCCUGGCAGAAAAUUCGGAACACUAUCAUCUAGCAUUUCGCGUAUGUUUAUUCGGCCUAGAAAUGUCUCGCCCGCCUGCGAGUACCAAACCGCUGGAAGUAAAGCUCGCUAAUCAGGAAUCAGAUCUUCUCGGCUUGUUGAAACGGAUACCUCUCGGGCAUCCGGAGCUAAAAACCAUUCGCGAAAGAGCAGAAGCUUUACGCGAUGGUACGCUCAAAUCACGUGGCGAAGCGUUACUGCCCAUAAUGUUGGCAAGUUUCAUUUUCGAUGCACUGGUUAUGCCGAGUAUCAUCGGAAGGGAAAAUAGAAUGAAAGUCAUGAGUCAGUCUUUCCGGCUGCCUACGGAUGAAAAUCUAGGGUUCGAAGCAGCUGUCGCUGCUCUAGGUCUCAAAGCGAACGUUUCCGAAGCAGAACAUCCGCUACUCUGCGAAGGAACUCGCCGACAACGAGGUGAUCUCGCCCUUACUCUAUUGUCGUACUAUAAAGACGAACCGAGAAAAAUUGGACGCGUCAUGGAGAAAUUAUUGGACCGCGAAAUACAUUCGCUUAUCAAAACUCCUCUUUUGCCUUCGUAUUACUCAAAUAAUCCGCCAACACGAAGUCAGACAUCACAAAUGCGGAUGGAAGAGUAUGAAUCCAGCAAUCAGCAACUAUAUGCUGCGAAUGAUCUCCAACAGCCUCACCAUGCCGGAUUGCCACAAAAUGAAUUCAUGGUCAACAGCCGUCCUCAAAGUAGUACUAGUGCUGAAGUCGAAAUCGGUAUGGGAGGUCUUAAUCUUGGACAGCCUCAACCUAUGCCGGCGGGUCCGGCACCUGGGCCCUCCAAUACGCAGCCUAUAAUCUCUGGGCCACCUGGAAGCGUUGCUGGGUCAGUAUCGACGACCACAACUCGUUCGAAAGAUUCCCGCUUCAAAGGAAAGCGAGCCUAUCCGUCUAUUCCGAAUCAGCCAUCCGAGGCAAGUGCUCACUUUAUGUUCGAGUUGGCAAAGAAUGUUCUCACCAAAGCAGGUGGUACAUCAUCUACAUCGUUAUUUACGCAAGCCUCAACGAAUCAAAACCAUCAGGGUCCACAUCGAGGGUUGCAUAUGUGUGCUUUUCAACUCGGAUUGUACGCCCUUGGUUUGCACAAUUGUGUCAGUCCUAAUUGGCUCUCACGAACCUAUUCAUCUCACGUCUCGUGGAUUAUCGGGCAAGCUAUGGAUAUUGGUGCGCCGGCGAUAUCGUUUUUGAUCGACACUUGGGAGGGUCAUCUGACUCCACCGGAAGCGGCCGGCAUGGCAGAUAGAGCUUCCUCAAGAGGAUGGGAUAGCAACAUGGUGAACCCUGCUGCUGAAUUAGCGCUAUCCGUGUUGCCUCACGCAGCAGCUUUGAAUCCCAAUGAAAUUCAGCGUGCGAUUUUGCAAUGUAAGGAACAGAGUGAUAGAAUGCUGGAACGAGCAUGUCUAACCGUGGAAAACGCAGCAAAAGGAGGCGGUGUAUAUCCGGAAGUUCUGUUCCAAGUCGCUCGUUACUGGUACGAACUUUAUUUGAGAAACACCCCUGGCGGAGAGAUGGAACCAAAUGAACAGCAUGAUUAUUUCAAUGUGAAUAUCAUGUCUUUGAUGGAUUCCGGAGAUAUUCAACAACAAGCUCAACCCCCUCCUCCAGCUAAUCAACCCGUCGUAGUUAGUGCCACUCCACCACAGCCGUAUCAACAAACUGUCACCACUUUGGCUCCUAUCGGUCUAUCACCAUACGGGCCCUACAGUUUCCCGUGUCAAGGAAUAUAUCACCAGAACAUUCCCUAUCAUGCCAAUCAGAUGCAGAUGUAUAUAUCGACGCCUCCUCAAUUCCAAUAUCCUCCACCACCAGCACAUAGUAAUCCUCCACAGCAACCACCCGGAGGAUACCAACAGCCGCUCAAUACAAGCUAUCAACCAAUUCAGCCUCAUCCGCCGGUGGCCCCUCAGGCAUACAAUCCGCAGCAGUAUCCUCAGGUUCCUGUCCAGGUUCAAGUACCGCCGCCACCACCAAAUCAGCAGCAAAUGCAACAAAAUAUGCAAUACUAUGGACCACAGGCCGUCUCUAUGCAGCAGCCUCCUCAACCACAACAGCCACCACCACCUCGUCCUCAACCAGGACACGGCUAUCCACCGUACGCGGUGCCCCCAACUACACCACCCGUUCGGCAACGCCAUCCCCAUCAAUUCACUCCCACUCAGCUGCGAUACUUGCUGGCGGCCUACAAUGCCGGUAUGCUUGCGCUCGAAACCCUUGCCCGGCGGGUUCAUGACGAUAGACCGCAAGCCAAAUACGCCCGCAAUCCACCCUACGGGGAGGACGUCAAAUGGUUGCUCCGCAUCUCGAAACGUCUGGGUACGCAGUAUCUUCAUCAGUUUUGCGUUUGCGCCGUGAAUUCGAUCGUCUCACCGUUCGUUCUGCAUGAAGUGGCCAUCGAAUCGGCUCACUAUCUCGCCCGUAACAAUCCGGCUCUGGUGAUGCAACAUCUCCGCUCGGCACUGGCACCGCUGAUGCAAAAAUGUCAACAGAUGUACAUACAAUGCAUACACCAGAAGUUGUACCAUCUAACGGUGGCGGAUUACGAAGAAUUCACCGGCACUAUCCUGUCGGCGCGGAAUGCAUUCCAGAUAACACCGGAAGGAAGUGCACAGUUCAAAGACUGGUUGCAAUCGAUCAAGCGUUCAAAAUCAUGCAAGAAAGAACUUUGGACGCAGAUCAAUGCAGCGUUGAACUCCAAAUGACAACGACUAGAAUCGAUCGGUUCCGAAUUGAAUAACCUUUCUUCGGCUACCGGCAAUGCUCCCAAUUCCUCAUCGACCUCGGUGGCAUUAGUGGCGGCUGGCUCGACGAACUCAACAUCAUCACCGCCUCUCUCUUCGUCGGCUCCGUCUACUUCCUCAGGGCCUCAAAUUCAACAACAGCCACAACACACGCUAGGUUCCGCAGCGACCAGUGCUAAUUCCAGCCGGUCAAUCCUUGAAGACGAUGGCAUAGUGAAGCCUUCUUCAUCCGCUUCGACGACAUCUGCAACUUUGCCACCUUCAGCUUCGGCAGUUAUAUCAGCUGCAGCAGUAGCUGCUGCCGCCACAGGGACCUUAGCUAGUAUAAAACAUCUUGGACAAAGCUCGUCUAUCAACCAUAGAAGCAACAAUACCGCUAUUCAGCCACAACAUCAACAGUCCCAGAGGCAUCAUCAAUCUACUAUUAUGCCACAAGCGUUAGUUCAUGCUACUUCGCAAUCUUCCUCUGGAUCCAUGAUUCCUCAUCAAGCCCCCUCCGUUCCACCUGCUCAACAUUCGCUUCCUCCUCCAUUGGGGUCAUCCUCCUCAUUCCAUCAUCCGCUGCAGUCCGGUGGUAUUCCGUCAGCCCCGACUCAUUCUUCGGCUGUUCCAUCAUCCGCUGGUGGAUCGAAUUACCACCAUCAUCAUCACCACCACCACCAUCAGGCGGCGGCAAUGCUGACGCUAGCCGUUAGCAAUCCACCAGCGCAGUUGCCCCACCACCACCAGCAUCACCAUCAUCAGCAGAACAUUAAUCUAAACGUGAACCACCACUUGAUCUCGGCGCCUAUCGUGGUAGACUUUUCCAACAUGACCGUCAACUGCGUCCAAUUGGGACAGGAAAAUCAGCAGCAGCAUCUUCAACAACAGCAGCAGCAGCAACACCAACAACAGCCGCCAUCGCUUGUAGGCGCAGGCCACGGCGUAGGUCCAAUGGGCAAUAAUGGCAGCGGUCCGAACAUCAUGCCCGGCAACACCGGUGGACGGCUGAAGUAAAUGUGAACGGCAUGAGAGAGUUCAUGUGUGUUUGGACACAUGGGCAGUAGAUGCAGGCUGGAGAAUGGUAAGAAAAAGGGUAGAAGUGGAUUUGUAAAAACAUUUGGGUUGAUGUUUUUUUUUGUUUGGUGCGCAAAUUUAUUUCUGGUUUCAUUGAAUUUUUCAACAAUAUUAGUACGUGAUCACCAACGUUUUGAUCUGGAUGUUCUCAAUUCGUGACGAUUGUUUUUCAAGUGCUUAUUUUUAGUACACUAUGAAAAAUACAUAAACACCUACCCUUAUCGGUUCUCCACUGAUACACACCCCGUUUCAUUAGCAUGUAGCUACACAGCUCCAUGUAAUAUAUUUUUGAAGCUCGGACAGCUUCGCAAUUCUACCUGAAAGAGCUAUCAACAGUUUGGCUGCACUAGUUUUGCCUCGACAAAUUAUUUUGUGUUGACAAUUGAUAUACGUCUCGUGGUCCAUCACGACACACCUCGGUUUUGGCAGCCACUUCCGGUACGGCUUCCUGGUGCGUGUUUUGUUUGUCGUUCUGGUUUGCAACCAGGAUCCAAAGGAUCAGUUGACGGUUGAACAAAUUUAUCAACUUCCAUGUCUUCACCGGAUCAGCCCCGUUGGUGUUCUCCUGAUCGCCUCUAUGUCGUCUGAGUUUCCUUGAUUGAAUUCAGCACCCGGGAUACCGUCAAAUUAUGCAAACCCAGAUUUUUCCGAUCCAUCUAUAGGGUGAAGUUGGAUUUUCCACAACUGUGUGCACAAUUUUUGACAAAUCUAUUCUUGUUUCGAUGCCAUUUGGGUAAUUUACUUGACAGAUAUGAUGACCUUUUGUCAAUGAAAACACCACAAUCUUAGCUAAUUUCAGUCAAAAUUUCAGCAAUUUAUACUCACACGCUAAACUUUUACAAGUUUAUCGUUUUGUCUAUUUUUUUAAGGCAGUUCGCUCUUUCAAAUCCCCAUUCUCAUCACAACUGAAAUUAAAAUCAAUUCAAUUCUCUCUCUCACAUCCUCUCCAACUUUGACUCAUUUCCCGAUUCCAAGUUUCAAAUAGAUGAAUGUAUUUUAAUUAUUCAUAUUUUAAAUAAAUCGCUGAAAACUUCAACUUUCAACUAGCUUUUUUUCGACAAGUUUCCUAAAAAACUAAUAUUUUGACGUCUCUAAAGAUAUAUUCAUAGCGUUGACAAAAUCAACACCUACUGAAUUAUCACAAACCAUUGUGUUCAACUGUUUGAGUUAUUUUUUCACCUCAUCACCUUUGUUUCUCUUGUUACGCAGUAGUAAAAAAAAUAAUAGUAAGUUUUAAGGAUGUACGUCCACACGCUUGCAAAUUCACAGAUGCAAAAACAAAACUACACUCACAAAUCAGAGUCGAAGUUUUCGAUAAGUGGACGGAUAGAUAGUAAUCCCUUUCCAUUCGGAAGCGGAUGAAGCCGCGUGUGAAUUAUUUUUCGUUUGAUCUGUGAUUAUAUUUUUCGCUUAAGAUCUUUUAAGUGAAAUGAUAAUUUUAAGUCGACUUCUACGCUAUAAACUAGGAAAGUACGUAGAUAACAUAAAGGAAAUUAAAUAUCGAAAAGGACUAAAUCUCUUGAAAUAGUUAGAACAGGAAUAGUUUCCGAUGCCGAGCAAAGAAUCCGAUUGGGCUUGAGUGAAAAGUAAUAGAAAAAAACAAUUAAAAUUACGAAGAAAUGUCUAGAUACUUUACAUUAACAUAACGAGUAAUAUUCGUCAAAAGUAUCAUAAAUAGUAACAUACAGAAUACAGUAGUAUAUAGAAACAAAACUAAAUACGAGCAAAAUAAGCACACAUUUUAAUUCUUCGUAGAUGUGUAUCUUUCCGUAAUUCUGAAUGUAGAUGUUUUGUAGUGUAUGAUGCUAUUGUGGAUAAAAUGGCAAAUCAAAAGAAAAUGAUGAGGAUGAUCCAGGGAUAAAAGCUUGCUUAGAACAGAAGCUUUAUAGUUUCAAUUGAAAACCAACAUUGAAAUUCAUUUUAUUAUUAUUCCGUUAACAUGCUGUAAAAAUAAGAUCUCAUUCCCUCAAGCUACAAAAAGUUAGUAGAAUUACCAGAAGCUUGAUAUAUUAAAAAAAAACUUUUACUGUGUUACCCACUGUGUAUUGCGACAAAUUUAUGGAAAUUGUUCUAGCAUAGUUUUCGACUGGACAGUUUUGUUUUAUUUCGGUUUUAACAGACGCACAGCAAAAAUGUGUUUUUUUAGGAAAUUAAUUUUUUAAAUGAAGUGUACAUUCUCCAUAACAAAAAUAAUGAAAAAUUUAAAACUAAAAUACUAGGAUUAGCUAAAAAGACAUACGAAUAAAGUGUGCAUGAAUCAAACAUCCGCAGCCAUGCACCUACGCUAACAUUCACUAAUAAAGAACUAACAUAUUUGACGUUUUUGGUUACACAAACCAUCGCCGGAUUCAAAGGGAAUAUAAUAUUACAUACUGUAAAUAACGUUACGAAACUAAAAAAAACAUGAUCACGUGUCUUAAAAUUUAGCAGCAGCGUCUUAAAAUAGAGUAAAACCAUAAGUAGCGCCGAUUAUCGAUGUAUUGAAACAGCUCCCAUCAUCUGGAAAAAAAGUUACUUUUUUGCGUUCUGUUUGAUUUUCCCAAGCGAAAUAACGUUUUGAGAAUUUUCCUUUUUAAGUAUUGGUUGGUGUAUAUUUGCCUAACGGAAUUAUGCUUAUUUUAAAUAAUUUUCUGUUGUUUGAUUUCGUCGCUCUUGUUUUUCAAAUAUUCUUGUUUGAUACAUUCUAAAGAAUGAUCAUAAUGAUGUUCAUUGGUGUCUGACUGAUCAAUUUUUAAUUCCAUAAAUACCUACAUAGGGUGGGGCGGGGCAAGAUGGGUCAGUGCCAUUUUCGGGCGCAUUACUUAUGUUUUGAUUAUGUUAAUAAUUUUGUUAGAUGACCAGCAUGAAUAUACAAAAGUUUAGAGCAUUGAUUGAAAAAAUAUUCACGCUCAUUGGAAUUAAAAAAUAAAAUGGUUUUUAGCCAUUUUUCUUAUGCGAUACAUUCCAUAUAAUCCCCAUAUAAACGGCCGCGGGGCAAGAUGGGUCGCUUUCAAUUUUGAACGUAUUUUUGGACCAUUCCAAAGUUAUUUAUGUUUUAUUACAAGACUAUCUCAUAAAUGACUUCAAUCAAGCGGAAUGAACGCUCAAAAUUAUAACAUAAAAUUAUGAUAAUUUUUUAGUGAAAACAUCGAUUUUCAAGUCGCCUUAGGGCCACUCAAAUCGUAAAGUUUUUCAUAUUCCAAAUAAAUUUAUAAAAUGUUCACUAGUAGCUCUUGUUUACUCAGUAUGGAUAUGGAGCAUAUAUGAAUGCCGAACAAAUCUCAUAUUUUGACGUUUUUCGUUGAGAAAAUGUGAAUUACUUAAAAGGUGACCCAUCUUGCCCCGCACUUUUUUCACGAUGCAAAAUCGAUCACUUUUUAAAAUUGCUUGUUUGACGUCAUAUUUUGUAUUUAAUUUACUUUUUAUCGACUUUUAGCAUAGCUAACUAGUGUAAUAAAGAGUAGCGGGCGAAUACAAACCAAUACGAUUUGUAUUUACAAAGUUAUGGUGAUCCAUCCUUAGGUGACCCAUCUUGCCCCGCCCCACCCUAAUGUUCUCUUACGGAAAAGAAAGCCUUUUUUCUUUCGGCGUGGUGAUAGUAAACGAUGUUAUGACAUGAAAUUCGUAGGAAUCUGUUUUAAAAAGAAAAAGCGUAAUAGAAAAACGAUAAUUUACAUAACGGUAAUUUGUCAUAACUAAAUGCACCUUUCUUUUUAUGCCAAACGUAGGUACAUUAAAUUCAUAUAACUAUGCCGCUCUUAGCUCUUUAGAAGGGAACAAAAAAAAAAUAAAUAAAUGAACAGUUUCGAGAUCCAUUGCUGAGUUUGGAUUUGUUCUUUGAAAUGGGAUUCAAACUUAAUAAGACACUUUCCGAUAUAUGGCUUGGGUUUACCUUGAUAAUCGGUUGUUUCAGUUGGACUUUCUUAUCAUUUUUUCUUGCCUUGUUAAAAAGAUGCACAAAACCUGCGAGGCUCCCUGUAAGUCCUUAAAUUUUUGCGUGAUACCUCCAGAUAAUGAAUCUGUUAAAGUAUGAGUGUUUUUGAAUGUAUCAUAGGCACCAAUGAAUACCAAUUAUUGACGUUUGGUUUAAUAUCAUACUUGUUGUUCUGACGGAAUUCAACGAUUGAUUGGUUUAAUUGAUCCACUAAGUUUGAAAAUAUGUGUGGAAUUACUCGUUUACUUUAUUUUGCUUUAAGUUGAAUAUUUAUCUUAAGGGAAAAAAACUAAAAAAUACCUCUAUUAGGUAAAGCGUUUACAGUUCUUUGUUCAUAAGCAACAUCACUCUAACCAAGCAAUGAAAUAACGCAAAUACUACCUACGAUAGUUCAGCAUGGUCUUUCCAACACUAAGCAGAAAAUUAUUACAUAGUAUAGCUUAAUCUUAAACAGCAUAAAAACAGCGAACUAAAGUUUGAAUUCACGUUGAUUGGAUAAACAAUACAGAAUUUCCAUUCCCAAUCAUUCACAAUCCGUCGGAAAAAAAACUUCAAAACUCAUAUACCUACCUAGGAAUUCAUUAUCACCACGAGCACCAUUUUCCUUGGGAUUCGUUUUUUUUAUUGUUUGGCAUGUGCAAAAUACACAGAAACAUCAUACAUUCACACAGCAUACAAUACACAUCGUUUCGAAAAAAGUUUAAUUUUCUACCUUGAUCUAGCAUUAGUUGGAAAUGAUUCACACCGUCAUGUGUUGUGCGUUCCUCUUCUCACGCGUACGCGGAUUCAUUUUCUUUUCCGCGCAGACACUAGCAGGCUGCUCGCACAACCACAAGGACAGCUUAUCGGACACUUUGAUUUUGAUUUUGAACAAGCAUUCGAAAACGCGAACAAUUUACACAGACACAUAUAAAAUUUACACUUUUUUAAAAGAAACAUUCAGAACAUAAGUAGAUUAAUUGAACCAUAAGGAAAACAUAUUUAAAAGUUCUAUAUACAUAUAUACACAGAAAAAAAUAAAUUAUAUAUACACACAUUACACAUACACGUACAUCUAUAUAUAUUGAAAAAAAAGCAACAAAAAAAAUAUUACAAUAUAUAUUUGAAGAUGUAAGUCUGCAAGUUUUUAACAUAACUGUAUGAAAAAAAAAAUAUUGAAAGAAACAUGAACUUAACCUUAAAAUUAAGAAAUUAUUGAACAACAGCAAAUCCGCGAGCAUUGCAAACUCAAACUCGGAAAAGUUAGGAAAUUCGGCCUGCGCUCAAGUCGUCUGCAUGCGUGAAGCGAAGUAUAACGCUAUUCUUACUGGCUUGGUUCUCCUGGUGCGAAGAUAUCUCAUUGUGUUCAUUUGAAGCUUUCGAUCCACGCUAGAUAACAACAGAAAAAAUAAGAUAAAAAUAACAGUUACAUGUAGUGAUAUACUGACAACAUAAACCAAUCUUCGACCCCCAGGGUUCCUUGGAGUGUCGUGUAUGCGUUACGUUGUGGCUUGGCAUCAGAUGACUUGAGACGGUUGACCAAAAAAAUCUGAAAAAUAAAUAAAUUUCAAGAAAUAGGAACUAAA